CCCAGGUUAUAAUGAGAGGGGAAGACACGCCUCAGGGCAGACGCAGCAGCCCUGUGGUUGGUGGGCUGCGGCUUGCCAUGGGGAACACCAUCAGGGCCUUCGUGGCCUUCAUCCCUGCUGACCGCUGCCAGAACUACGUGGCCAGAGACCUCCGGGAGAUGCCGCUGGACAGGAUGGUGGAUCUGAGUGGGAACCGGCUAUGCCGCUUCCCUGUGCAUGUAUGCUCCUUCCAGGAGCUGGUCAAGCUCUACCUGAGCGACAACCGCCUCAACAGCCUGCCUCCAGAGCUGGGGCAGCUGCAGAACCUGCAGAUUCUGGCCCUGGAUUUCAACAACUUCAAGGCUCUGCCACAGGUGGUGUGUACCUUGAAACAGCUCUGUAUCCUCUACCUGGGCAACAACAAACUCUGUGAUCUCCCCAGGGAGCUGAGCCUGCUCCAGAAUCUCCGGACCCUGUGGGUCGAGGCCAAUUAUCUCACCAAGUUGCCGGAGGUGGUCUGUGAGCUGAGUCUCCUUAAGACGCUGCACGCUGGCUCCAACGCCCUGCGUCUGCUGCCAGGCCAGCUCCAGCGCCUCCGGGAGCUGAGGACCAUCUGGCUCUCGGGUAACCUGCUGACAGACUUCCCCCCUGUGCUGCUUCACAUGCCUUUCCUGGAGGUAAUCGAUGUGGACCGGAAUAGCAUCCGCUAUUUCCCCAGCCUGGCCCACCUGUCGGGCCUGAAGCUGGUCAUCUAUGACCACAAUCCUUGCAGGAAUGCACCCAAGGUGGCCAAAGGGGUGCGUCGAGUGGGAAGAUGGGCAGAGGAGACCCCAGAGCCUGACCCUAGAAAAGCCAGACGCUACGCGUUGGCCAGGGAGGAAAGCCAGGAGGCGCAGCUACCUGCCUUGCCUCCUCCACUUCUUCCUACCAACUCCUGAGAAGGUUUAGUUGCAGGUCAAAGCCAAGGACAACUCCAGCAUCUUCUGGAGAUCGCUCCAUUCGAGUGCAGAGGAUUGCUCUGGGCCAUGUGGGGCAUCUCUGCCAGCGGCAAAUGGAACAGCAUCAGAUGGAAUGCCUAA